UCGAGGAUAUACGAACCGACGCACGAGCUCGGAACUUCAGUCUAGAAAGCGACGUGCGCUACCCUUCGUCGUAGGUUUCUACAGAACGAUACGACACGAGACGUGGUGCUUUUCGUUCGUAUUAACGCGUGAUUAUUUAUCAUGCUUGAAAAACGUGAUAUGUGUUCGUGCACCAUACAACCAAGACGACAACGACUACUACAUAGACAGGUGCAACCUCUACUGAUACUAGCUGCUUUUCUCGUUGGCGUAAGAACGGAGCUUGUCGAUCCAAAGUUUAAGGAACCAAUUGUCAACGUGACUACACCCGUCGGUAGGGAAGCUAUGCUGUCGUGUAUCGUACAGGAUCUGGCAGGAUACAAGGUGGCAUGGUUACGAGUUGAUACGCAAACCAUACUGACGAUAGCGAAUCACGUGAUAACGAAGAACCACAGAAUCUCGGUAUCUCAUAGUGACCACCGUACGUGGUUUCUCCACAUACGCGAAGUCAGGGAGUCUGACCGAGGAUGGUAUAUGUGCCAGAUCAACACAGAUCCUAUGAAAAGUCAGAUUGGUUAUCUCGAAGUUGUCGUUCCACCAGACAUUGUGGACAACCAAACAAGUACGGACAUGGUUGUGAGAGAAGGAAACGAUGUGACAUUACAAUGUUCAGCAACGGGCUCACCUGCACCCAAUAUUACCUGGCGUCGUGAGGAUGGUCAAAAAAUUCUCCUUGGUAAUGGAGGAAAAGCUCUGACCGUGGAAGGGGCGCAUUUCAAUAUUACCAAGGUAAAUCGACUACACAUGGGCUCGUAUCUUUGCAUCGCGACCAAUGGCAUACCACCGUCAGUCAGUAAAAGAAUCAUGCUGAUAGUUCACUUUCCACCAAUGAUUACUGUACCAAAUCAAUUGGUAGGAGCUCAGGAAGGACAAUUAAUGACGUUGGAGUGUCUCUCGGAAGCUUAUCCGAAAUCUAUUAACUAUUGGACAAGAGAUAACGACGAGAUCGUACCUCAAGGAGGAAAAUAUGAGCCGGUCUUAGUGGACAAUGCCUAUAGAGUUCACAUGAAGUUAAUUAUACACUCGGUGAGCACUAAAGAUUAUGGUUCAUACAAGUGUGUUUCAAGGAAUUCAUUGGGUGACACCGAUGGAAGUAUCAGUGUAUACGCGAUACCCUCCGGUUCUGGUUCCAAUAGCAACACAGGCAAUGAUACAAAGUACAAAGGAAAACUGAGGCAAAAUUCUGGAAACAAUAUUCUCGAGGGUAACCAAGAUAUGUUAAAGGAACAAGAUCUGAAACUUCGUAGCCGGAACAAGAAUGGUGAUGUGACCGAUGAUUAUGAAGAUUCAAGCUCGACGAGGAAGAAAAGUUCAGUACUUUUAUUAAUAGUAACCAUUACACUGAUCUUGUGCCUGAACCAUCGUCUACCAUUUAGGACACUUAAUCCUGCUUGAAAGUCAUGUAACACAAAUACCAAUGGUCAGCAGCAUAAUAAUAUUAUAGAACACUUAUGGCGAUUUUUCUUAAAUCGUGUUGAAAACUUGGCGAAUAAUCUUGUCAAAAUUUAUCGCUCAGGGAGACUUUCAUUCAAGAUUGAUGCUGACCAUACGCAAUCGCUUUGUAUUAUAAUGUAAUAAUUUAUAAGAAUGUAUAGGAAACGAAGAAACGAGUGUAACGAUAAUGGGUUGUAAGAUGCACGAGAGAUGUAUUUUCUUGGUGAGUUUUUCAAGAACUCAAUUUGUUGUUCUCACUUUUAUCGAGAUCUCGCAAAAGUUUAUUCGUUAAAAAGGAAAAAAAAAUGAGAGAAGGUUUUUCUGGAAGAUAGGAUCCUUCCCAACAACACAACAAGCUCCUCGACUUCCAUCAGUUUCGUGUUUUUCUAUGCUCGUCCUUUUUAAACAAUCCUUCUUUAUUUAUUUUUUUCUUCUACUUCUUCUUCGUUUUUCUCUUUCUCUCUUUCGAAAUUUCGAGAGACGAUUCUUCAGAAAAAUACAACACUCAAUCGAUAGCAGCAUCAGCAGCUGGAGCAUGGAAGGAUGUUUGAUCGGGGGAAGGAUGUUAUUAUCUUUCGAAAAAAGAAAAAACCGGAAAUUGUAUAUUCUAAAGUUCAUUCUCGACUAAAAUACAGCAGGUUCCUUGAAAGAAAGAAAUUUUUAUUAUAUCGUACGAGAGAAUAAAUUUAAUAAA